CAAAAUAAAAAAGUGGCUGUAAGUAGUCGAGGAACUCCUGUACACAUUACCUGCCUAACUGAUUCACAUGUAAAUGCUAUCCUAGAAGUUGGCUAAAGUGGAUUUUGUCAGUCAUGGGCCUCACUUUUUAAGCACUUCAUGACAAGAGACCAGAUGCCCCAAAUAGGCAUUGCCCGCUUUCUUUCUGUGCUCCUUGGAUAGCUGUUCAAUUCGUGGAAAUCCUUAGGCUACCCCUCUACUAGUAAUAUAAAAUCCUACAUAAUUUUAUGGCUAGGAUUCUUUAUCUAAUAAAGUUGGUGGUUCUUUUCCUUGGCUUUAAUCUGCACAAAGCUCUCUCAUGGAGGAACCAAAGUUCCAUGUAUGGUACUGAUGAUCGGUGUAAUCCUUCACCCCAUCCGCUUGGUAUGUGCCAGUCACAAGCAGCAGCUUUUGGCUAUCCAUGUGAAGAAUACAAGGUCACAACGGAAGAUGGCUACAUUCUUAGCUUAAAGAGGAUUCCCUAUGGUCGUGCUGACUCCAACACCUCGACUGAGGCAAGACAACCAAUACUGCUUUUCCAUGGACUUAUGGUGGAUGGUGUUAGUUGGGUCAUGAGUACACCACAACAAUCUCUUGGAUUUAUUUUGGCAGACAAUGGGUUUGAUGUUUGGAUCGCCAAUAGCCGUGGAACAAAUUCCAGCCGUAACCAUACCUCACUCUCGACAAAAGAUCCGGUUGUCAUCUCAGGCUUGAUCAACAACAAAUUUCCCAUAGAAUUGCACCGAAACCAUGUUGAUUACUCUUUUUUUCAGGCUUACUGGGAUUGGUCAUUCGACGAACUUGCUUCCUAUGAUCUUCCAGCAGUGGCACAGUUUGCCUAUGAUAAAACAGGCAAGAAACUCCACUAUGUCGGUCACUCCCUGGGAACACUGAUGAUUCUUGCAGCCUUCUCUGAGCACAAGUUACUAGAUGUACUGCGAUCAGCUGUUUUGCUCUGCCCAAUUGCUUAUCUGAGCAGGAUGAAAUCCAAACUCACUCUGCUUGCUGCUCGCAUCUUCCUUGCUGAAACGGUUUACUGGCUAGGUUUUCAUGAGUUCAACCCUGUUGGGCCAGUUGCACAUACAGUUCUAAGCCAGAUAUGUGACAAUCCUGAAAUCAAUUGCUAUGAUCUAUUUUCGGCGGUAGCAGGACCAGAUUGCUGCCUCAAUACCUCUACGUUUUGUGCCUUUCUAGAGCACGCUCCACAGUCUACCUCCGUCAAAAACCUCGUUCACUUGUCACAGUUGAUCAGAAACGGAGGCGUCAGCAGGUACGACUACGGCAACACCAGGGAUAACAUGAAGCACUACAACCAGCCACGGCCACCGGUGUACAACCUCUCCUCCAUUCCGAACCAUGUCCCUAUCUUCCUCACCCAUGGCGGCGAGGACUUCCUCGGCGACGUCCCUGACACCAGGCACCUCCUGAGGACGCUGGUCAGGAAGCACGACAGCGACAACAUCGAGGUGCUCUAUGUGCCGGAUUACGCGCACGCUGACUUCGUCAUGGCCUACAAUGCACCCCAGCUCAUAUAUGGACCGAUGGUCGAGUUCUUCGAGCGCCACUGAGGGCAGCUCCAUCGGGCUUCUUUGCAGUUAGUUUGGCUGCAGCAUUACUGCGGUAGCCAGUUCAGUUGUAUGACAGGUUACAGCAUCGGAGAUUUGAGUUGCACUGGGUUUGCAUCCAUCAGGACAUCUUGUCAGGUCCGGCUAUAUAUUUCGUCAGUACCAGUAUGCUAGACAACAAAAGAAUAAAGGAUCACUAUUAAGUAUUUGAUCAAUUCUCUGGUCUCAUUGUAAUCACAUUGUUCUUGAUGCAUCGGUCUCCUGCAAAAAUGAAUACGUCCAGUCGUGUGCCAUGAA